GUGACUGUGAUGUGGAUUAGUGCUUUUGGAUCAUCAACAACAAUUGAGAUACGUACAUACACACAUAGGUCUCGCUCGCACUGUUCGUCGCUCGUCGCUAGGCCGAGCUGAGUGUGUGCCAAAGGCAAAAGGCGGAAUCCAACUAUGUAAAGAAAACAAAAGUAUAGAAAGGAAAGCAAAGGAAAGAAAGGGAAGUGACGGAAAGGAAAGGAAAGCAAAGAAAAGAGAAGAAACGAAACGAAACGAAACGAAAAGAGAAAAUCAACACCAUUGAAGUGGGAAGUGACAGAGAUUGAGAUUGAGAUUGCGCUUCACAUAACGGCGCAUCGCAGUUUACGAGUGUCCAUCACCACUACAACACCGUGCAGCAAUGGAAGACUAUUGGGGUCUUAGCAGCACUACGGAUAUAAAUUGCACUCAGCCCGCCAUCGAUGACUUCCCCAGAGACCUGUUCUCGGAGGCGCAAAGACAGUCCGGUGCUGUUGUACUUCAUGUUAUAGCCAGUUUAUAUUUAUUUGUAGCCUUAGCAGUAGUGUGUGAUGAGUACUUUGUUCCAGCAGUUGAGAAGAUAUGUGCAGCCCUCAACAUGUCCAACGAUGUGGCGGGGGCCACGUUCAUGGCCGCGGCCACUUCCGCCCCGGAGCUGUUCGUCAACGUGAUAGGCACCUUCAUCACAGAGGGCGACAUCGGAGUGGGCACCAUCGUGGGAUCGGCAGUCUUCAACAUCCUAGCCGUGGCCGCCUGCUGCGGCAUCGGAGCCGGCAUGACCAUACCGCUGGACUGGUGGCCGCUGACACGUGACAGCAUCGCCUACGGCGUUACCGUCGCCAUCCUCAUCUGCGUGAUGCACGACGAGCGGGUCGAGUGGUACGAGGCCCUCAUUCUUGUGUCCCUCUACGCCGUCUACCUGGCGGUCAUGUAUUUCGACAAAACGUUCCAAAGGUGUGCCAAAGGUGGCGUAAAGCAGGCGCGCACGCGCAGCCGGUCCUCCAACUGCAGCAUCCACACAAAGAACAGCAAUGAGAAGGAACCAGACCUCGUGGAGAACCGCAUCUGUCAGAAUAUGGCCAGCAUCCAGCUGAACGGGGGCUUGAACAAUGACCAGGCCAAGACCUCAACGGCAACCAUAGCCACUACCACAACCACAACCACAACAUCGAUCGCAACAGCACCUGCAGUCGCAGCCACAACAGGCGGCAGCAGCGGCAGCGGUGGAGGAGGUGUCUCCCAAGGGGGGGUCAUAGCCGACAUGUCACCCCUGGAUAAUGCCGAGGCCGAAGCCCAGCCAGUGGUGGCUCCCCCCGAGCAGGAGGGCUACUCCCUGCUGACGUACCCGAAAGACAAGAGCUGCUUUGCUCAGUUCACCUGGCUCAUCAUUUGGCCCAUACAUCUGCUCUUCCGAGUCGCCAUUCCCGACUGCAAGAAGGCCAAGAACAACAAGAUCUUCCCAUUGACCUUCAUCAUGUGCAUUGUAUGGAUUGGAUCCCUUUCCUACGUGGUGGCGUGGAUGAUUACCAUAAUUGGCGACACACUUAAGAUACCUGAUUCGGUGAUGGGGAUCACGUUCCUAGCAGCGGGCACCAGCGUGCCAGAGGCCGUGUCCAGUGUGAUUGUUGCCAAACGCGGUCAUGGAUCAAUGGGUAUUUGCAACUCGAUUGGAUCGAACACAUUCGAUAUUCUUCUGUGCCUGGGCGUGCCUUGGCUGAUCAAGGCGGUUUUCUUUCCUAUUCAGCCGGGCCAGAACUAUGUGGCCAUCAACUCGGCCGGACUGGAGUAUUCGGCGAUCACACUUCUGUCCACACUGUUUCUCCUCUAUUUGACAUUCUCCACGAAUAAAUUCAAGCUGGACAAGAAGGUGGGCACCGCGUGCCUAGUCAUGUAUCUGGUCUUUAUGGUCUUUGCCUCACUCAUCGAACUAAAUGUGUUCUUCCGCGUCAAUCUACCCACCUGCGGACGGUCAUGAUCUUGCACAGCUGGAUGAAUGGAUGGAUGGAAUGGAAUGGAAUGGAAUGGAAGCAUGGAUGAAUGGAUGGAUGGAUACCCUUUACCGGAUACUGAUGCUGAUUGUAGUUCUGGCCCUGCUUCAGGUUCAGGUUCUGAGCUAUCAGAAUCUAGCUUUGAUUCAAAUUCCGAUUCAGAUUCUGGGAGCUGGCUGGAAUCAACUAUGAGUGCAGUCGUUUAAUUAAUUAAUAUGUAUUUUCUGUUCUAUUCUAUCUACCUUGAUAGUUGAGUUACGUUAUACGUUAUACGUUAUGCUGUUAUUGUAAUAAUACUUUUUUUUUUAUUAUUAUUAUUAUUAAAGUAGACUCUUUCACGACA